GCGCAAGAGGCCGCCUCCAGCCUACUUCGCAGUUCGCAAAGGCCGGAAGCCAGGCAUAUACUUCAGCUGGGCCGACACGCAGGAGCAGAUCAAGGAAUUCUCCGGCGCCGAGUGUACAUAAGAAGUUCGCCUCCUACACCGACGCCGAAGCCUUCCUCCAGAGCCCCAGCUCCGCCAUGUCGUCGAAACCCAAAGCCUCGCCCGAGAAAUGGUACGGCGUGCAGGUGGGCCAUAACCCAGGCGUAUACACCGACUACGACGAAGUCAAACGGCAGAUACGAGGAUACCCAGGCUCCAAGCAGCAGCGCUUUUCCACGAGAGAGGAAGCUCAGGCGUUUGUAGACUCCAGGGAUGCAGGAAGCAGCGCCUCGCUCAACGCGACGAACAGCAUCAGUGCCGCACCCAGCAUAAAAGAAGAUAUAGCCUCCGAAAUCUCUCUCCGGCCCAGCAUGGCUACAUCAACACGAAAGACGCCCAAAGCCGCAGACACCACGACGUCCAAGAAACAGAAGAAGAACGACGGAACCCCCGCCGCCGUCUAUCUCCCCAACGGUGAAAUCGAGCCUGGGACGGGGCCUCUACCCGAAGACGCUGAGGACGGUUUUGACCGCAGAAUCAAGCUAAACCCGGAAACGGGGACGAUAGAAUACAAGACGGAGGAGGAGCUCAACGCUCGCAAAUGGCAACCCACGGGGGACUUCAGUGGACCCAUGAUCAUCUACACCGACGGCGCGGCGCCGAAUAACGGGUAUGCAGGCGCAGUGGCCGGAAUAGGUGUAUACUUUGGUCCCGGGAACCCAAACAACGUCGCCGCCCCCCUCGGCGCAGGCAAGCAAACCAACCAACGCGCCGAACUCGCCGCCAUCAAACGCGCCAUCGACAUCCUCCCCAUCAACACGACGGCCCUCAUCCGCAGCGACUCGCACUACGCCAUCCAGUGCGUCACCGAGUGGUUCGUCCGCUGGGAACGCAACGACUGGAAGACCGCCGGCGGGAAAAAUGUAGAUAAUCGAGAUCUCAUUGAGCCGAUUCUGGAGCGCAUCCGGGAGAGGGAGAUGGCUGGUGCGAGGACGAGGUUCGAGUGGGUCAAGGGGCAUGCGAGUGAGAGGGGGAAUGUCGAGGCUGAUCGGUUGGCGGUGAGGGGCGCGGAGAUGGGGAGGAGGUUGAUGGCGGAGAGGGCGAUCCAGGAGGCGGCGCAGGUUGCCAGCGAUAAGGAAGAAGGGUUGGAGCAGGUUGGGGAGGAGGAUGAGUGGGCGUUUAUCAAGACGUUGCAGGAGCACGAGGGGGCGGCCGGAGGUGCUUGAGUGAGCGUUUCUACUGCUGAUGGCGGGGGCGUGAAAUGGUUUCUUCUUUCUCUUCUCCAUGGAUACCCUACGAAUGAAUUGUGGCCGAAGUGAUUGGCUGCAUUGGUAAUAAUAUCUGCAUAUCUGUGUCUCU